AUGGAAUCGCUGGCCGAGCAGACGUGGGAUGUCAUACUCCAUGGCACUGGCCUGCAGCAGUCGCUGCUAGCCUUAGCCCUCUCGCGGUCCGGAAAGCAAAUUCUGCAUCUCGAUCCCAACGAAUACUAUGGCGGUCCCGAAGCCGCCUUCAGUCUGCAGGAGAUCGAGGAGUGGGCUGCUGCGCAUGCUGCCGCUGACGAUGUCGGCCCCUCACGUGUCUUCUCGUCGGUGACCGUGAGCAAGCCCGAGGUCGUGACCGGCUCUGGACCUUCCCUCUCUUUCCCGAGAGCAUACUCUCUCGCCCUCGCGCCGCAGAUAAUACAUGCCCGCUCCGAGCUGGUUAAACAGCUCGUAUCAUCGCGCGCGUUCCGGCAGAUCGAAUUCCUUGCCGUUGGGUCUUUCUUCAUAUAUACCCUACCGUCCAGCGGGUCCGAAGACGGAAGAGCCAGCAUCGUGCCGAUCCCGUCGACCCGUGAGGCCGUCUUUUCGACGACUGCGAUCCCCGCGAGGGCAAAGCGCUCGCUGAUGAAGUUUCUCAAGUUUGUCUCUGACUACGAUGCGGAGGAGCAGCGAGGUACAUGGACUCCGCAUGCCGACAAGCCUCUGUCGGAGUUCUUGGCCUCAAACUUCAAGCUGGAUUCUGCACUGCAGACCUACAUCGUUACCCUGACGCUGAGUUUGGACGGGAGGAUCUCAACCAAGGACGGCUUGGCGGCUAUCCAUAGGCAUCUCUCGUCCAUGGGUGCCUUCGGCCCGGGCUUCGCGGCGGUAUAUCCCAGAUGGGGUGGCCUCUCCGAGAUCGCGCAGGUCGGUUGCCGCGCUUGUGCCGUUGGCGGCGCAGUCUACAUGCUGGGCACGGGUGUAAAAGCCACGCGCCCGCUUGACGCGCAGGAAGACGGCGCGCACUUCGAAGUCGACUUGACCAGUGACAUUACGGUGAAAUCCCGUACGCUGAUUCGUGGCGCCGAAGUCGUUGCCCCCGACAGUCAGCGUGUAAACAGACUGACAGUUGUCGUCAACUCGCCGCUUUUGUCUCUGUUCAGGGCUGUCGUCGAGGGAGCGCCCACACCGGCCGUGGCUGUCGUCGCCAUCCCCGCCGGCUCCAUCAAAGACGUCGCCUCGCCGUACCCCGUCUACGUCUUUGCCCAUUCAAGCGAGACGGGCGAAUGUCCAUCUGGUCAGAGCGUUCUUUACUUCGUCACACCCAAGACAUCCAACUCGGGUGAGGCCUUGGAAAAGGCUCUGGCAACCCUGUUGGCUGCUAUCGAUGAAGAUGGCAACCAUCCACAGGCCAUCUAUCAAGUCAUGUAUGAGCAAGCCAAGGCUGCUUCCCUGGCAUUUUCAGAUGCUUCGCACGUCCUCCCAAGUCUGCCACUCGACCUUGCAUUUAGCGACACAGCUCUCGAGCCUGUGAGAGAUGCCUGGACGAAAGUUAUGGGCCCCAUUGCAGAUGAUCCCGACAUUCAGUACAUGAAAUUCGAGGAUCGGGAGGGCGUUGGUGACGAGGAUGAUGUCUACGAGUAG